AUGAGAGAGAAACGAGUAGUCAAUAUGGCUACGUAUCACUCGUGCAGUGCAUACACUGAAACGGUACGUGAACACAAAAAAGUAAAAGGGGCCGCGCCUGGCCAACCAGCAGCAAUAACCGCAUCACAGCCAACAACAUCGGCAUCUGGGUAUCGGCAACGCCAUCAGCACAAGCAAACCGCGAAAACAGCAAAGCAACUGGAGAUGACGAUGCAUAAAAAUGGGCUGUAA